GUCUCCGGCCCCGCCGCCUCCAUGUCCCUCUGAGCCCCCCACGGUGGGGGGGUGGAGGUGGGGGAGGACACACAGGGGGGACCCCUCCUCUCCCUCCUCGCCCUCCCGCCAUGGGGAGCAUCUACAAGGAGUACUUCAACCGCCACAAGAUCUGGGAGCACUACAACUACACCAAGGAGGAGGCGGCGGCGGCGCCGGCGGCCCCGUCGCGCCGGGCGCUCUCGGCGCUCACCGUGGCCCUGUGCUGCUUCAUCGUGCUGGAGAACCUGCUGGUGCUCGUCUCCAUCUGCCGCAACAAGCGCCUGCACCUCGCCAUGUACGUCUUCGUGGGCAACCUGGCCUUCUCCGACCUGCUGGCCGGGCUGGCCUUCAUGGCCAACACGCUGCUGUCGGGGGCCACCACCUUCGACCUGACGCCCGUGCAGUGGUUCGUGCGCGAGGGCACGGCCUUCGCCACGCUGGCCGCCUCGGUGUUCAGCCUGCUGGCCAUCGCCAUCGAGCGCCACGUGGCCAUCACGCGGGUCAAGGUGUACGGCGGCGACAGCGGCUGCCGCAUGGUGCUGCUCAUCGGCGCCUGCUGGGCCGUGGCGGCCGCCGUGGGCAGCCUGCCCAUCAUGGGCUGGAACUGCAUCAGCGACCUGCGCGACUGCUCCACCGUCCUGCCGCUCUACUCCAAGCGCUACGUGCUCUUCGUCACCACCAUCUUCACCCUCAUCCUGCUGGCCAUCGUGGGGCUCUACACGCGCAUCUACUGCGUGGUGCGCUCGAGCCACGCCGAGAUCGCCUCGGCGCAGACGCUGGCGCUGCUCAAGACGGUCACCAUCGUGCUGGGCGCCUUCGUGGUGUGCUGGCUGCCCGCCUUCGUCGUGCUGCUCAUGGACGCCUCGUGCCCCGUGCGCGCCUGCCGCGUGCUCUACAAGGCCAACUACUUCUUCGCCUUCGCCACGCUCAACUCGGCCGCCAACCCCGUCAUCUACACGCUGCGCAGCAAGGACAUGAGGGCCGAGCUGCUGCGCCUGCUCUGCUGCGGCCGACGGCGUCGCUGCCGUCGUGGGGCGGGGAGGGAUCGCCAAGCUCGCCGGUGGCCGCAGCCCCCCGGCCGGGGGGGAACCGGGGCGGCCCCGCUGCGCUCGUCGGGUGACAAAUUUGGGGAGACGCCCACCUCGCCCCUCACCCGCGAGUGCACCACGUCGGUGUGA